UCAAAAGUUUCAGGCAUUACAAACACGGCCAAAUGUUUUAGAGUGAGAAACACGGACUCCCAUAUGGAGCUUUAGAGAACUAACGUCAAUGGCUUGGAGAAACAUCAGAAGCGUGUUUCUCUCUCUAAACCACCACCACUCCUCAACAAUUCGGCUACCUCCGUUGAAGCCCACUGGUCAAGGUCCAUCGCUUCUGCAACACCUUCAAAAGACCACCAUUUCUAGUUGGGGAUUUUCAAAGCUAAAUGAUCUGAGGUUUUCAUCCACUGUUUCCACCAUUUUUGAUAUUCAUGAAAGAGAACUGGAAGCUGGGGUUUCAAAACCUUCCAUUGAUGAUUCUUCUAAGAGAGAAUUGGAAGUUGGGGAUUCAAAACCUUCAGUUAAUGAUGCUUCUGAGAGAGAACUGGAAGCUGGGGAUUCAAAAAAUUGUAUAGAAGAAGCUAAACUGAAAGGCUCAGAGCCUAGGCAGGAGGAGCGAAAUCGAUUCAUCCCUGUUCGAACUUUCUUCCUUUGCACUAGUGUUGAUUUGAAGAGCUUGCAAGCUGAGAACGGAAAGAAUGUCAUCCCCCCGACCUCACGUGUGGGCGCUGCAAAUUACAUUUUGUUCAGAUACUGUAACCUUCCUGGUUUGGAAGACUUUACAAUCCCAAGUUGCUCUCGUUACAUGGUUGUAUUUCAAUAUGGCUCUGCCGUCAUGUUUAACAUUGGGGAUCAUGAAGUGGAUAGAUAUCUGGAGAUUGUUAGGAAGCAUGCUUCUGGUUUGCUCCCUGAGAUGAGAAAGGAUGAAUAUGCUGUGGUUGAAAAGCCUUCGUUGGAGACAUGGAUGCAAGGGGGUCAUGAUUAUAUUGUCCUUAAACACCUCGAUGCUGAUGGCAUUCGUAUCAUUGGAAGCAUACUAGGUCAAAGUACUGCUCUUGAUUAUUUUAUUCGUCAGGUUGAUGAUAUGGUUGAUGAAUUUACAGAUAUAAAUCGUGGUAUGGAGAAGACUGGUACUUUCACCAUGCAAAGGAAAAAGCUCUUUCAAUUAGUUGGAAGGAGCAAUUCUAGUUUAGCAGAUGUAAUUCUUAAACUUGGUCUUUUUGAGAGAUCAGAAAUCGCAUGGAGAAAUGCAAAUUAUGCGCAGGUAUGGGAAUACCUGCGUGAUGAAUAUGAGCUUGCACCCCGCUUCGCAAGCCUGGAUUUUAAACUAAAAUUCGUUGAACACAACAUUCACUUUCUUCAGGAAAUACUUCAAAACCGGAAAUCGGAUUUCUUGGAGUGGGUCAUCAUAAUACUCAUCAGUUUGGAAUGUGUACUCUCUGUUUAUGAAAUCAUCCAAGGAUCCAAACUCACUUCUCUUUGACAACCUCAUGACAGAAACCGUAGCUCAGUAGGAUAUUUUUGAAAAGCUUCCGAUCCGAGGAGUUAUUCGGCUUUGAGCAGUUGGAAAAAUCACAGAUGAUGUCUGAGUUCUCUGGGCAAUAUCUUGUAUAGUGAUUGGGUCAUUUAUUUUUCAGCUAGAUGUUAGCCUUUCCAUGUUUACACAAAUAUACAUGUAGUCACAGACAUGUACAGUCACAAAAUUUCAGUGUACGGAUGACAAGUAUAAGCUUAAGGUAAGAGUGAACUUAUGCCAAGGGCUUUGGCAGCUGAUAUAAUAUAUUGACCGACAUGUCAAA